GUAGUUAGCAGACUUGGGUUCCUCAUCAUAAAUGUUAUAUGUUGCAGAAUAAGGCUCAAGAGCUUCACAAGCCUUCUACAGAAGAAGGGUCAAUGUCUAUCAAAGAUGAUGCAAUUGUUCAAGCAUUUGGUCUAGAACGGCGUGGUAGUGCAAGAGGGCUUGGAUUUGGAGCAUUGCCAUCGAAAGUUGAUGCAGCAUACCAAAAUCAAAAUAUGAGACAACUAAAUGAAAAAUUGCUGCUAUUAGAACAAGAACUCCGGGAGAUAAAAGCUGAAAUGUUAAAAGGAAAAAGGCAAAAUGAGGAGCCAAGCAAAGGGGCAAAUGGACACUCACAUGGAGAAACUCAGGUAAACUUGCACAUUUGUCAUGCUUGUGCUUUUGCUUGCUUGUUUUUCUACUCAAGCUUGUCGUUUUGCAUAUGGAUUACAUUAAGAUUCUAA